CGGACGUGGGAACGCAUCAUUUCUGCGGUGGAGUCGCUCCCCGUGGUCAUCUGAAGGCUCCCACGCGGUGAUCAGCAUCAGCUCUUUUGUUUGGGUCACACUUCCAGCCUCCUCCCAACGGUUAUAGAUGACCUUUGUGAUAAACACCAUGGAGGUUUCUUUUCAAUCACUUCACUUUUAAUCUCUUGCUAACUCAGACAAUAAAAUGGGGAAUGGUUCGGUGAAAUCAAAGCGAUACAAACACACCGACGGCUCUGCUUCAGCUUCCAACGGCCCAGCCAGUAAAGAUCACUGUGCCGAGUUCAAAAACGCAUCUCUGGACUCCCUGAGAGCUCGUGUGGAAGAGUUGGAGCAAGAAGGCAAGAGGAAGGAUGAGGAGCUCUCAGCCAAAGAGCAGCAGAUCCAAGAACUUCAGGAGCAGCUGACCAAACAGAUGCUGGUUCUGUCCGAGCUGAGCGACGAACUGCAGAACAAGUGCCUACAGCUCAACAAGCUACAGGACGCCAUGAAGAGCGGGGCAGGUCUGGCUUCACGGCCCCCUUCGGUCAAAGCGGGCGGCAAGAGCAGCCCCAACCUCAGCGUACGCAUCAAGGAAAUAAACAGGAGAAAAGGCGCCAAAGCUGGAGUGUCUGCCGAACCCACGUCCAGGACGUAUGACUCAAGCAGCCUGCCAAAGUUCUCCUUUGAAAAGGCUCGGGUACCAAAGGAUGCAAGUGUAAAGAAGCUGCUGACAGAUGCCCUGAACAAUAACCAGUACCUGAAGCGACUGGAGCUGCAGCAGAUCAAAGACAUGGUGGAGUGCAUGUACGAGCGCACCUACCAGCAGGGAGAGUACGUCAUCAAGCAGGGAGAGCCUGGAAACCAUCUGUUUGUCCUGGCAGACGGAAAGCUGGAUGUGUUUCAAAAGAACAAACUGCUCACAUCGAUACCACUGUGGACCACGUUUGGGGAAUUAGCCAUUCUCUACAACUGCACUCGGACGGCAUCAGUGCGAGCCGGGAACAAAGUCAGGACGUGGGCUUUGGACAGGGAAGCGUUCCAGAACAUCAUGAGGAGGACAGCUGAGACGCGACACGAACAGUACCGCAACUUCCUCCGGAGUGUUUCCCUUUUGGCUAAUCUACCAGAGGACAAGCUCAGCAAAAUAGUGGACUGCCUCGAGGUGGAAUAUUAUGACAAAGGAGAGUAUGUCAUCCGGGAGGGAGAAGAGGGCAGCACCUUCUACAUUAUCGCACAGGGAAAGGUGAAGGUGACCCAAACCACUGAGGCCAACAAGCUGCCGCAGAUCAUCAAUACGCUGCAGAAGGGGGACUACUUCGGAGAAAAAGCACUCAUAAGUGACGAUGUCCGGUCAGCCAAUAUUGUUGCAGAUGAGAACGGGGUGGAGUGCCUCAUCAUCGACAGAGAAACAUUUGAUCAGACGGUGGGUAACUUCAAUGAGCUGCAGAAGCACCUCCAAGGCUACGUGGCGACACUCGAUCGUGAUGAUAAGAAGAGACAUGCCAAGAAGUCAUUGUCUCGUCACCAGAGUCAACCACUGUCUCCUGACUAUAUGCAGCUGAAGGACAUGGUGUCUGCGUUCUCGUCGUCCAGACCCUUCAAUCACCUGGAAGUCAUUGCUACUCUUGGGGUUGGUGGUUUUGGACGCGUGGAGCUGGUGCAAGUGAGGGGCGAAGACAUCACGUUCGCACUGAAGAUCAUCAAGAAGCAGCACGUUGUGGAGAACAGGCAGGAAGAGCACAUCCACUCAGAGAGGAGGAUCCUCGCCGAGGCACGCUCACCUUUCGUUGUCAAACUGUAUCGCACCUUCAAGGAUAACAAAUAUGUGUACAUGCUGCUGGAGGCCUGUUUGGGUGGAGAAAUCUGGAGUUUGCUCAGAGACAGGGGGAGCUUCGAUGAGCCCACUGCCAAAUUCUGUGUUGGCUGUGUGACAGAAGCCUUCGAGUACCUUCAUCGUAAAGGUGUGCUCUACAGAGAUUUGAAGCCUGAGAAUCUCAUGCUGGAUGCAGAGGGAUUCAUCAAACUGGUUGACUUUGGUUUUGCUAAGAAGAUAAGAUGUGGCCAGAAGACUUGGACGUUCUGUGGCACACCGGAGUACGUAGCUCCAGAGAUCAUCCUCAACAAAGGCCACAACUUUAGCGUGGACUUUUGGUCCCUGGGCAUCCUGGUGUUCGAGCUUCUUACUGGCAGUCCUCCAUUCUCAGGAAGUGACCAAAUGAUGACAUACACGUUCAUCUUAAAAGGCAUAGAGAAGAUGGACUUCCCAAAGAAGGUCACCAGGAGGCCUGAGGACCUCAUACGCAAGCUGUGCAGGAAGAAUCCGUCAGAGCGACUGGGCAAUCUCAAAAAUGGAAUAACCGACAUCAAGAAGCACAGGUGGUUUAAUGGCUUCAACUGGGAGGGGCUGAAGGCAAGGACGUUAACAUCUCCACUGAAAAGAGAGCUCACAGGACCUACAGAUCACAGUUACUUUGACAACUACCCUCCAGAUGAGGACAGUCCUCCUGAAGAGCUGUCUGGUUGGGACAUGGACUUCUGAAUGUAACUCUCCCAACAUUUCUAUGUUGAUGACAAAACCUCAUUGGGCAAAGUGGGUUUUCAGGUGACUGUAUAUGACAGUUGGCUAAAGGUGAGGCCAAUGGGGGGACUUACUGUACAGUUAACAAGCCAACAAUUAAACAUAUGUGGGAUAAUCCUCCUUUGAGUUUGACUGUGAAGUUAAACUACAGGUUAAGUAACCACCAGUGCCCUUACGGUUGAUAAAUCUGACUGAUACUCUCACUAAAAAAAUACAAUGGCUUGCAGAGAGUAGUACAGUAAAAUGGUUUGUUAGCAUUGAAGCUAACCUCAAGAGGAUAAAGCUAUUGAGGUUUUCACUCAUAUACUCAAUGUGAACAGUGGAUGGGAAAUAACUUAGUCCAAUACUUCUCGCUGCAUUAUAGUUAUACAAAGUUAAACCAGCUUGGACCUAUAACCUGUCCUGUCCUGCAUCAUGUCAGCAGAAUGAUGGUCUGCCUACCGUAUUGUGUUUAACUAAUUUACUCUGCCAAGAGGAGCCUUUUAGAUAUGGGGCUCCCCUUGAAUCUCAAAU